CCCUGACACAUAGUCCCCCUCUUUUCCAGAUAACCUCCUGCCGCCAUCAUGGUGCGCAUGAACGCCCUCGCAGACGCGCUAAACGCCAUCAACAAUGCCGAGCGCCGCGGCAAGCGCCAGGUGCUGCUGCGGCCCUGCUCCAAGGUGGUGGUCCGCUUCCUCACCGUGAUGAUGAAGCACGGCUACAUCGGUGAGUUCGAGAUCAUUGACGACCACCGCGCCGGCAAGAUCGUGGUGAACCUGACGGGUCGGCUGAACAAGUGCGGAGUCAUCUCCCCCCGGUUCGACAUCAAGCUGACCGACAUGGAGAAGUGGUGUAACAACCUGCUGCCCUCCAGACAGUUUGGUUACAUCGUGAUGACCACAUCGGGCGGUAUCAUGGACCACGACGAGGCCCGGCGGAAACAUCUCGGCGGCAAGAUCCUCGGCUUCUUCUUCUAAAACCGUGCCCCGCGCCACUGUGCCCUGCCUGACGUACAAAUACACACAGACUGGGCGCA